GAGAGGUCAUUGAGUGCAGAGUGGGCUGCUUUAAUAAAACACACACUACUCAGCACAAAUGUGUGUGUGUGUAUAUGUAGACUGAAUGACUUGAGGAACAGCUGCGGUUGUGCGGUAGUGCUGUCACACACACACACAAACGCACACCUUUCCCUGCGGAUAACUUCAGUCUCAAUGCUGCUACUGCAACAGCAGGAGCUCUGGAUCUUUGAUGUGGCUGUUUCUACUCAUCAGAUAUCUCCCUUCUUUAUUUUUUAUUUCUUUGCUUUCCGUCAUCUUCUGCUCUCUUUUUUUUUUUUUUUUUUCCUCAUCCGGAUUCCUGUGAGCAGAUCAGCAGUUUGGCUGUUCAACGUGAAUGACUGAAACAGAUGAAAUAUGAAAGACACAAAGGCUGAAUUAAGUUUUUGAGUCAAAAACUUGAACGUCUCUUUGAAGGAAAAGCAGUGAAGCACGUCUUUUUGCUGCAGAAAGAUUCAUUUAACUUUUGAAAACAUGACCACCAUGCUGGACACCAGCUCUUGGCUCUUGCCCGGCCCCGCCUCUUUUGGAUCUGCUUCAGUCAGCCGUGUCAUGAGGAAACGAGUUGUCCGAUUGGACCGUGAGCGGCGUGCCUGCCUGAGUCUGAGAGAAGUGCUCCAACUAAAACUUCAGCAGAGACGGACUCGAGAAGAACUGGUUAGCCAGGGGAUCAUGCCACCACUGAAAAGUUCUGCGUCCUUUCAUGAGCAGAGACGAAGUUUAGAACGAGCUAGGACUGAGGACUACCUGAAGAGAAAGAUCCGCAGUCGCCCAGAGAGGUCAGAGCUGGUCAGGAUGCACAUUCUUGAAGAGACGUCAGCGGAGCCAUCUCUUCAGGCCAGGCAGCUUCUGCUGAAACGAGCUCGUCUAGCUGACGACCUGAACGAUAAAAUCUCCCAGCGGCCUGGUCCGAUGGAGCUCAUUCACAAAAAUAUCCUUCCAGUUGACAGCAGCCUCAAACAAGUCAUCAUAGAGACGGAGUUUCCAAAAGUAGAAGCAGAGAACUCUUCGUUUGAUGAGGAAAGCAGUGAUGCGUUCUCACCGGAGCAGCUACUCUGUCAGGACUCUCCCCUUGGCCACACCCACAUACCUUCUCCACCUGAGAUACCAGCCAAUGAAACAACACCAAAACAGGUCCCACCCCCUCCCCCUCCUCCUCCUCCUCCUCCUCCUCCUCCACCACCUCCGCUGCCAAAUGCAGCUGGCCUCGCCCCUCAGCAGAAACUAGCCAAUGGAACAACAGGCCACAAGCAAGCUCCUGCACUACAAAAGGGUGGUAAAGUGAGUAGUGAGCGACCUGCUCAGCGCUCUAAGAAGGUGAGAGACAAUAAACCAAAAGUAAAGAAGCUGAAAUAUCACCAGUAUGUUCCUCCGGACCAGAAAGCCGAGCGUGAGCCUCCGCCUCUGCUCGACUCCUCCUACGCCAAACUCCUCUAUCAGCAGCAGCUCUUCCUCCAGCUUCAGAUCAUAAACCAACAGCAACAAAACUACAACUACCACACCAUCUUACCUGCUCCUCCCAAGCCUCCUGCUGAUCAGCAGCUUGCCUCAGCCAAUGGCCCAUCACCAUCCAGGAAUGACACGCAACCUCAAUCAAUAUCUACUAAUCUGACUGGUCAAAAUCAACAGACCACUGCAAAUGGAGGCGGGAUUAAUAUAGGGCCUCUGCCUCCCAACCUGGAGGAGCUAAAGGUGGCAGAGCUGAAGCAGGAGUUAAAACUGCGUGGCUUAACUGUCUCGGGCACCAAAAAUGACCUUAUUGAACGGCUGAAGAAUUUUCAGGAGCAGCAUGGUGGCACCACUGCACCAACAUCUUCUAAAACCAGCACACACUCAGCAGGAGGAGACUCUUCUCUCUACCAGUUAACAGACAGGAGCAUGGUGGUCGCUUCCUUCCCAUUUGUUGCAACUGCUGAAAGGGGUGGAGCUCAGAAGACGGCACCACAGAUAAUGCAGUUUGGCAGCACUGGCUCCUCCCCUCCGGUUUCCCCCGCCCACUCAGAGCGCUCAUCAACUGGAUUGAGCCCAGAUGAAACAAGCUGUAAUGGGGAUGCUUUUGGGGAAAUGGUGACCUCUCCUCUUACCCAGCUGUCCUUGCAGCCUUCUUCCCCUCUCCCCACAGCAAUCUGCAUUAAAGAGGAGCCUGGCAGCCGGACAUCUCCUUCCUCCUGCUGCCUGGUAUCCCAGUCUGCUGCGCCCCCUAUAGACAAAGACCAGAUGCUGCAGGAGAAAGACCGGCGCAUUCAGGAACUCACACGCAUGCUGCUGCAGAAGCAGCAGCUGGUCGAAACGCUGCGCUCACAGCUGGAGGGCAAACGGGUGGGCGUGCCCAUCCGAGUCAAAGAGGAACUUCUUGGUGUCACUAUGGAGGCGGUCAGGGCGACCAUAAAGGAAGAGGUCAUAGAGGUGAUGGAGGAGAGUGAGAUGGUAACAGAGCCGCAGGUGUUCCCACAGGCAGAGCAGAUGCAGCAGCAAAGGAUGCUGGAAGCAGCAGAGCUGGAGCAGGAACGGCAGCAACAGCAGCUCGUAAUGCAACAGAAUCAGCGUAACCUGCAGCAACAAGCACAUCAGAGGAAGAGGAAAACACAAAAACAACAGCACAACCAACAGAAACAACAGUUGCCUCAAGCACUUACCAACCAGCAGUCAAAUCCAGUUUCUUCAUUCCCAGUGGACGGACAUAACUCAAACUCCACCCCUACGAUAGUGACCGACUGCAAUGGCAACCAGUUCCUGCUAACACUGUCAAAUCAAAACACAGACACACCGGCCAGAGGCCGCCGCCCCCAGGGCAAAGUAACCAAUCAGAUCAAACUACAGAGACUACAAUCUACAUCCACAACGUUACCCAACCAAUCAGUGACUGAACUGCCUAACAAUAACAUCCAAUCUGAACAGCCCAUACAAACUGUCAUCUUGAAACAGCCAAUCAAAAAGGCACUAAAGCCAGACCUGAACAUGACGAGCAAUUACAGAACAUCAAGCUCUACAUCCAUCUCAGCACCAGCCAAUCUCCAACAGUUCUUCUCUUCAGUGGAUUCCAUGAACGACACCGAGCCCGUCCCCUCAUCUCCCAACAACAACAAUGAGAAGAUGUGUUUGGACCAGCAUGCUUUGCGCUCUCCUUCCACCUUGUGUUCACCCAUAGCUCUUUGCCAUCAGGAAAAUGGCUGCCAUCAGCAAGUUGACGACCUGUUUGACAUCCUAAUUCAGCGUGGAGAAAUCUCAGAGAAUUUCAAAGCCAGCCCUGAUCCUGUUCUCGAAAGGCUUCGGCCAAACACGCCCCUUUUCUCAAACUCCUCCCCUCUCAAUAUUUCCCCUCCCUCUGAUAUGCCCGUCAAAACAUCGAUUUUAGACCCUCAACCUCCUUCCAUUAAGGCUCACAGCAAUUGUGACACAGGAGGUGGGCGUCUUGAAGAUUUCUUGGAAAGCACUACUGGCAAACCAUUGCUGGGAGUGGAGCCAGGGGGACCGACAACGCUAAUCGUCGACCUCCACAACCAAAUGCUCAGCACACCGAGUAUCCUAGACCACCCACGUUCCCCGAUGGAUACUUGUGACAUGAGUUUUUCCAAUCACUCAGUUUCAGAUUUGGUAGACUCCGCCCCUGAUCCUAUGGAUUGGCUGGAGCUCGGAAUGGGCGGGACCGGAGAGGAGGGGCCAGGGAUGGUACCUAUGAAUGGACAUGACUCCUCUAGCUUAUUUUCUGCCGACUUUCUGGACACUUCUGAUCUGAAUUGGUCCAGUUUAUAGUGGAUUAGCUUCCUUCGCACAGUACCGCUUUUAUUUUCGUUUCCACCGGUGACUUUUCCAGUUUGGAUUCAACAAGUUUGGAUUCUCAUAAUACUAAUUUAACUUGGAUUAUGUUACAUAUUGUUACAUUAUGUUACCCCCCUACAGAGCAGUCUAUCUGAUAUAUUGUUUUUUGAGCAUUUGCUUAUCUGAAACACAUCUAAACCUUUCCAAAUUUGGAAACGAAGAGAACAAGAUGUUUCUGUGCUUUCAUCAAUUAAAAUAUGUGAAUUGUUCUUAUAAUAUGACACUCAAAACAAGAUGCUUUCUAGAUGAUGCAUUUGCUCAAAUGUUUUAGUGACAUACAUGUGCUUAUGGAAGUAGGCGUACAGAAAAGCAGUAUAUAUCCAGUUUUUGCCUCAAUUUUAGCAAAUUCAUUAACUGAGUGCACAUUUUGAAUUUAAAUUUGAAUAUGUGGCAGUAAACAAAUAGUUUUUCGAAAUUGCUUUACCAAAUAUAACUGGUCAACUUGUGCAUACUGGUUAUUUAUCAUAGAGCUACAGAAUAUGCACCUAUUUAUAGUGUUGAGCUAAUGUUGCUAAAAAAAAAAAUUAUAGCAUAAGCCAACAGAUUUCGUUACAUUUUGUUAGUAUUGACAUUUGUAUUUUAGCAUAAGCAUUUUAGUAAUACUGCUAUUACUACUACUUCUAAUAAUAAUUGUUAGUAUUAGUAUUAUUACUAUUAUUAUUAAUAUUACACUGUAAACAUUUCUACCUACACCUUAUUUUUAAAUAUAAUCAAAUUGGCGUUACAAGUCAUUUCAACUAAUUUAAAUAGACUUUAAAAAAUUGAGUUGAAUCUUCUAAUUUAAAGGUUGAAAUUGGUUAAAGGGAUAGUUCACCCAAAAAUGAAAAUUUGAUGUUUAUCUGCUUACCCAAAGAGCAUCCAAGAUGUAGGUGUCUUUGUUUUUUCAGU